CUACUCUCUUCUUCUAAAGCUAGUUCCAAAACCUAAACCCCAUAGAAGGAAGCUAAAAACUCUGAGAUAUAUCAAUGGCUUUGACCGUCGAGAAAACCAGCUCCGGCCGCGAGUACAAGGUGAAGGACAUGUCUCUGGCUGAUUUCGGCCGCCUCGAACUCGAUCUCGCCGAGGUUGAAAUGCCGGGGCUGAUGGCCUGCCGGACCGAAUUCGGGCCGUCGCAGCCGUUCAAGGGCGCCAGGAUUACCGGCAGUCUGCAUAUGACGAUCCAAACGGCGGUUCUGAUCGAGACCCUCACGGCGUUGGGCGCGGAGGUGAGAUGGUGCUCCUGCAACAUCUUCUCCACGCAGGACCACGCCGCGGCGGCCGUUGCGCGCGACAGCGCCGCCGUGUUCGCCUGGAAGGGGGAGACCCUCCAGGAGUACUGGUGGUGCACGGAGAGGGCGCUGGACUGGGGGGCCGGUGGCGGCCCGGAUCUCAUUGUGGAUGAUGGCGGGGAUGCUACGUUGUUGAUCCAUGAGGGGGUGAAGGCUGAGGAGGCGUUUGCUAAGAAUGGGGCUCUCCCUGAUCCGAGUUCGACUGAUAAUGCGGAGUUUAAGAUUGUGUUGACCAUCAUUAGGGAUGGGCUUAAGAGUGAUCCCCAGAGGUAUACUAAGAUGAAGCAAAGGCUUGUUGGGGUUUCUGAGGAGACUACCACUGGUGUCAAGAGGCUUUACCAGAUGCAGGAGAAUGGCACCCUCCUCUUCCCUGCCAUCAAUGUCAAUGACUCUGUCACCAAGAGCAAGUUUGACAACUUGUACGGAUGCCGCCACUCCCUACCCGACGGUUUGAUGAGGGCGACGGACGUGAUGAUCGCCGGAAAGGUAGCCGUGGUGUGCGGGUACGGAGAUGUCGGGAAGGGCUGCGCCGCCGCUCUAAAGCAAGCCGGCGCGCGCGUGAUCGUGACAGAGAUCGACCCAAUCUGCGCUCUCCAGGCCACCAUGGAAGGCCUCCAGGUCCUCACCCUAGAAGACGUAGUAUCCGACGCCGACAUCUUCGUCACCACCACCGGCAACAAGGACAUCAUCAUGGUAAACCACAUGCGCAAAAUGAAAAACAACGCCAUCGUCUGCAACAUCGGCCACUUCGACAACGAAAUCGACAUGCAAGGCCUCGAAUCCUACCCGGGCGUGAAGCGCAUCACCAUCAAGCCCCAGACCGACAGAUUCGUCUUCCCCGACACAAAAACCGGCAUCAUCAUCCUCGCCGAGGGGCGGCUCAUGAACUUAGGAUGCGCCACCGGACAUCCUAGUUUCGUGAUGUCGUGUUCCUUCACGAACCAGGUGAUUGCCCAGCUGGAGCUCUGGAAGGAGAAGAGCUCCGGGAAGUAUGAGAAGAAGGUUUACAUCUUGCCCAAACACCUUGAUGAGAAAGUUGCGGCCUUGCAUCUUGGGAAGCUUGGGGCUAGGCUCACUAAGCUUACACCAGAACAGUCUGCUUAUAUUAGUAUUCCUGUUGAGGGGCCUUACAAGCCUGCUCACUACAGGUAUUAAUUCAACGGCAGAGUGGAUAUAGUAUAUGGUUUUGUGGGCAUUUUGGAUGGAAUAUUUUGAAGGGCAAGUCUUUGGCAUAGAAGGCUUGUUCCCUUAUAUUGAAUAAGGUUGAGUUGGAGGGUUUGUUUUAGGGGCUGCAGUAGUAGUUUAGAUUCUUUCUUUUCUGUUAGUUUAUGCAUUUUUUCAGAAAUAUAUUGAGAUCAGUUUUGUUUUUGGGUGAGAA